GGGGAGGGUGAUCAGCUCAGCCGAGUUGUUUCACGCUGCAAGUCCGGUUUCAGAGAUCACAAUGCAUCCGGCCUGUCACAGACAAACCUCGGGCUUUGGACCUGGAUGGCAGGACUCAGAGCUCCAGAUGAAGGUUGACUUUUUCCGGAAGCUGGGAUACUCUCCCAGGGAGGUCCAUGCGGCGCUCCAGAAAUUAGGCCUGGAGACUGAUACGAAUGCCGUGCUCGGAGAGCUGGUUCGGAUCGGAGCAGGCUCUACCUCCGCAGCCAGCCUAGAAACUGAUGAAACGGGAUCUGGACAAAGUCCCCAUGGAGGGCAACUACAACCUCCGCUACAGGAAAGCGAAUCGGAGAGAGACAAUGGCCUGAAACCCAUUAUCAUAGAUGGCAGCAAUGUGGCAAUGAGUCACGGAAACAAGGAAGUUUUCUCCUGCCGAGGGAUUGAGCUGGCAGUCAACUACUUCCUUGAAAGGGGACACACAAAUAUCACUGUGUUUGUGCCAUCCUGGAGAAAAGAGCAACCAAGGCCAGAUGUCCCCAUUUCAGAUCAGCACAUCCUAGAAGAGCUGGAGAGGAAGAAAAUACUUGUUUUUACCCCCUCACGCCGUGUUGGAGGGAAACGGGUCGUUUGCUAUGACGAUCGCUUCAUCAUCAGGCUGGCUCAUGAACUGGACGGUAUCAUUGUGUCUAACGACACCUAUCGCGACUUGCAGAGUGAACGACCGGAAUGGAAACGUUGCAUCGAAGAGGGGCUUCUUAUGUAUUCCUUUGUCAACGACAAAUUCAUGCCCCCAGAUGACCCCCUGGGUCGUCAUGGACCAAGUCUGGAGAACUUUCUCAGGAAGAAACCUCUCUUACCGGACCACAAGCGGCAGCUCUGUCCAUAUGGAAAAAAGUGCACAUAUGGGAUCAAAUGUAAGUUCUACCAUCCAGAACGGACUAACCAGUCCCAGCGAUCUCUGGCAGAUGAACUGAGAGAGAACGCUCGACUGUCCUGCCCCAAAGAGGAGAGCCGAACCGGGGCAUCACCGAGAGGGUCCUAUCAACGAGUUGACCCUGGAUUUGGUUCCUGUUCCCCUUCUCUGGAACAAGAAUUAGAAUAUAGGCUGACCCUGGAACCUGAAGGUUCUGUGCAUAAGACCCAGAUGGGCAAAGAUGUACUGAACUACUGGGACAAAAUCUCCUCCAGUAAGAAUCUUGCCACAAACCUAAGCUCAGGUGGUACACUAAAUUGGCCCAGUCUGCAGUCCCCAUUCCACUCCUCUGUCACAGAUCACUCUUCUGUCUUCAGCUCAGACUCUGGUCUUGGGUCUUAUGAAAGCCAUUUCUCAGAUGCUUCCCGAGGACUAGAAGACCCAUUCAAAGCCAGAUCCAGACACCAAGAUGGCCACCUGGAGAGACAGGACAUUCCUCACACCUGUGUCUGUUCCUCAGGUGUAUCCUCAUCUACAGGCCCUCCACAAUAUACCAGCAACUUGCGUCAAGUAAACCCUCAGCAAAACUACUAUAGCUCACCACCCUUUCCGGGACACCCCAACCACUACAGCCUCCCCGCCUACAUCCAACAGAGCGGGGCCCACCUCUCCCUGGAGAAAAGCUGGUCAGACCCUCUUUGGGUCCCUCAGACUCGAACAGCGUAUAGUUUACCAAACCCCCGCUCCAUGCCAAGUCCACCUAGGCCUGAAGGGGCCUAUGGAAACCAACCGUCCUGGGGUGGACCACAACCAGUCCCCUUUGAGACUGAGAGAGAGGACGUUAGGAAGAGGCUUCAUGCCAUUUUCAACCCCCAUUUGGUUGACAAGGUCAUGAACAUGUUACCACAAAUUACAGAUGCACAAAGACUUGCAGCAGAGAUACUUAGUCUCAAAUCUAAGAGAGAAUACUUUUCAUAGUUUUCUUUCACUUUGGGCUUAAGCUCUAGUCUCAUUAGAGGUCAUCUGAUGGCUAAAGAAUUUUUCUGUGGGGCACUGCUUCUUGGUCUAGAUGCUGCACAGUUUUCAAGGCUGAUGUUCUCAUAUCUUUUAUCGCUUUGUUUCUGUUGUCUGUCUUGUUUUCAU